AUGGAAAACCAGUAUCUAUUUUGCACAAAAGAAGUCCGCGCCGUCAUUCGGUUUUUUAAUUUUCAAAAUAUUUCUCCGACUGAAAUUCAUCGAAAAAUAACCGAAGUUUAUGGCCCACAAGUAAUAUCUCGAAAAAGUGUAUCGGUUUGGUGUACAAAAUUUAAUUCAGGUCGAGAAAGUGUUGAAGAUGAGGCAAAAAGUGGUGGACCAAUAAGCACGUCCACCGCCGAAACCAUUGAUGCAGUCGAAAAACUGCUACGAUCGGAUAGACGACUCAAGAUUAGGGAAAUGGCCACACAACUUGAUCUCCCAAAGACUACUGUGCAUGAAAUUGUUCAUGAGAAAUUAAAUUUUCGUAAGGUUUGUGCGCGCUGGGUACCGAAAAUGCUUACAGCAGACCACAAAACCAAACGUAUGCGGAUAUCCAUAGAGCAUUUGAAUCGUGCUCGUAAUGACGAAAGCUUCCUCGAUCACCUCAUUACAGGAGAUGAGACAUGGGUUCAUUAUUCUACCCCUUACAACAAACGAGACUCGAUGACUUGGAAACAUCCCGAAUCGCCAGUUCCAAAAAAAUUCAAACAAACAAUUUCCUCAAAAAAAGUGAUGGCUACUGUGUUUUGGGAUGCACAAGGAAUUUUACUGAUUGAAUUUUUAUCAAAAAAUGAAACAAUAAAUGCUGACCGAUACAUUGAAACGUUAAAAAAAUUGAAAGAAAAAAUUUGUUUCAAGAGAAGAGGACAAUUACGCUCAGGAAAUGUGAAACUGCUGUAUGACAAUGCAACCCCACAUUCAGCCGGAAAAACCAAAGCUUGGCUGGAAAAAUACAAGUGGGAAGUAUUGGAACAUCCACCAUAUAGUCCUGAUCUGGCACCUUCGGAUUUUUUUUUUGUUUGGUCCGUUAAAAAAACACUUAGGAGGAACUCAUUUUCAAAAUGA